CGUUUCUCGAUGUCUACAACAACUUUGCCUAUCCCGGAAAGGUGUAGCCUCAAAAUAAUUUAACCGAAGAAUACAAGAGUGUUGGAAUUAGAAAUUCCUUUGAUAACAUUUCCAACUGAUUUAGCGUUAUAGCGGCUUUGUCAUAUGUUCUGAAAUGGUUUGUGCGUCUUUGAUCUUCCUUCUCGUGCUGUGUGGUGAUGGCGUGGCAGGAACAUUCUCCAUCCCAAGUCACAUUUAUCUGGCUCAUCUGUUACCAUCGGUAUCGUCGCAAGAGAUCCUCGCCUUCCAAUUCGCUAUAAGUCACGUGAACGCAGACCCUCAGCUGCUCCCCAACACGACGCUGUCCAUUGUGACUACGGACUUCAGUGAAGAAGACCCAAUCACUUACGCCACGGAAGCCGCUGACCGCAACAUCAGCGCCCUCAUCGUUAGUGAUGACGUCAAAAUUUCCCAUGAGUCACUAGGCGCUGUACUGGCCACUCCCUUGGUAACCACGCGCCCACUGCAUGCGGUUCCAGCCAAUCAGAUGUCCGUGUUGUUUGGUAUUUCCUCUGGGCUAAGUCCUACUGAGAUUGGCUCUGCAAUUGUUGCCAUCAUCCAGAAGUACGACUGGAAGUCACUCAUUGUUCUCUAUGAUGUUCCUUGGCGUGGUCACGUGUCCGUCUUUCUGGCGAUGAUACCAAGCACCAUACAUUAUCAGACAUCAAGCGUCCGGUUCGGUAAGGACGGUACUCCGGACACUGCGUCGAGGAACCAGCUUGGUCGUCUUAGCCACGACACCGUGGAGGCGAUCGUCUUGUUCUGCCACACGAAGCAGGCGAAGAUUAUUAUUGAUAUUGUGCACGACCCAAGAACGCAUCGACGUUACCCAACCCACUAUUGGGUGCUGGCUGAUUCGAUUAGUUCUCCCUCGGUGCAUAUGACAACCGAGCACUCUCAAGUCGUCAUAGGCCUGGGACCAAGAAUCGCGAACAACACAUAUGGGGACAAACUUAGCACAGCGCUCUCGACCAAUAGAGAUGGAAUCAAGUUCUCCUCGUUUCUUGUGUACGACGCUGUUCUGGUGCUUGCGCAUGCGCUGCAUGGUAUUCUGGUUGCCAAUAAAUGGGACGUGACUACGAGCAGCGCGAACCUCGUCACGUCACGCAACGGUGUCACGCUACUCGAAUACAUGAAGCAGGUUUCGAUAACAGGGACAACCGGAUUACUUCAGUUCGAUUCUGGCGGAAACCGGCGAAAUGCUAAAAUUGAUGUUUAUAAUCUUAGAAGCGACGUCUUCACCAAGAUUGGUGAGUGGAGCUCUGCCUCUGGUUUAUCUACCACUUCGGCGCCGAUCAAGAACAGUUUGAAUAAAACCAUCGUCGUACCACUCAGCGAACUAAAAAGAAAGAUCAGAGUGCCUAUACUGACAGGGAUUCCUCCAUUCAUCAUCUCCGAGAAAGACCCAACCACAGGUGCCGUAAAGUAUACAGGACACAGCAUAGAUCUGCUGGACAUUCUAGCGGGGAUGAAUGGAUUUCAGUACGAGAUUUACGAGUCCGCAGAGCUGGGCGGAGUGAAGGAGGACGGCACUUACUACGGGCUCUUUGGCGAUAUUCAGAGCGAGAAAGCGGACCUGACCACGUUACCGCUGACCAUAAACUCGGCGCGCCUGCAGUAUCUGGAUUUUAGCGAGCCCUUCAUGCACGUGUCUAUGGACCUUGUCACACGCAAACCAGAGGAAAAACAGAUCGACAUCACUGGCUUUAUGACCCCCUAUACUAUUCCUGUGUGGCUAAUGACUAUGGCUUGCUGGAUAUUCGUGACCGGCUGCCUCUCAUUGGUCAAUUACUACAGUCCUUACGGCCAUCGUCUCCGUGACACAGAAGGGGACGGUGAUGAAUUCAGCUUCUUCAACAGCUUGUGGUUUUGCCUCGCUUCCAUGCUACAGCAAGGCGGUGACGCGACUCCCAAGAUGCUCUCUGGUCGUAUCGUGACGGGCACCCUGUGGUUUGUCAUCCUCGUGUGGGUCUCUACUUACACCGCAAACUUGGCCGCCUUUUUGACCACCUCGUCCUCAGACAGCGCCAUUAACAACCUGGAAGAUGUCCUCGACAAAGAGUAUAACCUCUACAUCACCAAGGACACUGCUCUGUACCACUUCUUUCGCCAGUCGGACUACAGAAUCUAUCGGCUUCUGUUCGAGAGGAUGGUGGCGGGUGAUACAUUUCUCAACUUCUCUGUCAAGGGGGAGGAUCUGGUCCGCAAGAUGGACAAGACGGUGUUCUUGGAUGAGGAUCCAUUUACUGAUUACUCAGUCAAGCAGGAGCCUUGUGAUCUGAUGACAGUGAAAGGGCUGAUGGGCUCUAGUAGUUAUGGCAUCGUGAUGCCAAAGCAGUCCCCGUAUCUACUGAACAUCUCGCGCUCAAUACUCAAGCUCCAGGAGAAUGGCAAGCUAGAGGACCUAAGACGAAAGUGGUGGGUCGAGAGAACCAAGUGUCCCGAGUACCGUAAACUCACUUCUGAUGAAAUCAUCGAGAACAUGCGGAUUCAGAUCGGUAGCAUGGUUGGGGUGUACGUGGUCCUCGCCAUGGGCGGCAUAGCUGGAGUGGUCGUCUUGCUUAUCGAGCUUGAGUGGAAGAAGCGUCGAGACCGCCUGAAGGCCAAGGUCCAGCAAGGGUGGAAAACCAUGCGUGCUACCAAAACUGUCAUGGCAUUGCAAAAAAAAUCAAAAGAUGAUGGUGAUGGUGAAGAUGUGAAAAAGAAGGCUGCAAUUCAAGCGUUCGGGAUGCCGCUGAACACGCCAUCAAAGAAGUGGGGUGCCAAAAAUUCGGACACACCGGACGGGGGUCGACAGUCCAGGCAACGGAAAGGAUCCGAGAAGGCAAUUAUAAUGGAUAUGGAGACAAGUGCGUAAAAGCAAUUUGAUGGCCUUAAAAACCAGGUGUCUCUUACUGCCUGAUUAUCUAGUUGAGUAAAAUUUCUAGUGGCUUUUUGCAAUUUUAGACUAUCGUGCACCUAUUAUUUUUUUUAAAAGGGCUGAAAAUUUCCAUUAACUGGCCUGCGCCAGCGAUCCUACCAAAGUGAACCGGAAGCUGGUGAUAUUAAACGUAACAAUUUUCUCGAAGAUUUUCGUAGAUUAAGCCAAAAUAACAUGAAAGCUUGGACUAAUAGUCACUUACCGAGCUAUAGAGGUUUUAACCCCUUUUUCAUGAAAAAAAAACAUCGCGAUGUAUUUUUCAUGAAGGGAUGAUAAAAUGCGAUGUAAACAUAAUAACUGCCACGCUUUGUUAUAUCAAUACAAUUACAGUAAACACAUACGCUACUAUGCGUGUUUUUUUUAUGAAAAAGGGGUUAAAACCUAACACGAUCGAAUUAGAAUUGUUUAACGGUAAAAAGCACCAUUUUGAAAUAUAAAAUAAAGUUAAAAUAAAAUGUAA